UUAUAACUUUAAACUCACUGAUAACAAUGCUCAGUAUUAAAGAUAACUUGUAUAACUAGUGGAACAUAUUUCACAGACAAGGAACUUAUAUCACCAGGAUCACAAAACGCUUGAGUUGAGCUGGACACAAAUUGUAAAAUCCAAUUGCUGGAUUAAGAUCAAUAACUUUUCAGAUGCAGACUGAUGGCAUGUAAAACUACAUUUAAAAAAUUAACUUUUGUAUUAUUUGUGUUUUGUGUUAUUUUGAAUGGAAUAGUAAUCCGUAUGCCUAUGUUAAAAUGGAGCAGGUCCCUGGAAUAUUUAGUGCGUAUUGUUAAAAAGGACACUAUCCUUGCCAAAGAUAUGGUAUGCAAAAAGUAUCGUAAACUAAUAUGGGAUUUACACUCAGAUGCUUUUGAAACAUCCGUUGUGUAUGAUUACGUCAUUUUUACGUCAUUUGUUCCAUCAGCGAAAAGGUUUGUUGUUCAUAACAAUACAAAACGAAACUGGCCUUCCCUUGGUAGAAACGUGAAAACAGUAUUAUUCACAAACAGUUCUCAGUUAGAAGAAGAGUUUACAGAAGCGGGUUGGGAUGUUUUGCCUGUAGAAUACGUUUCCCAAUCAGGUACACCCAUCCUUAAGUUUAUGUACAUGGCAGUGGCUAAACGUUAUAAAGCUUCGUUCAUAGGAUUUGCAAAUUCUGAUAUUUUAUUUACAUAUGAAUUAACGGAAAACCUUCAAUUUCUUAAAAACAACUCCAGGUUAAACUAUACACAUACCAUGGCAACAGGAAGAAGAACAGAUGUUGCAAAUGUAAGCACAGAAGUAGCUGGAUCUUUUAAGUCCUUAAUCCAUGUAUCGAAAAAGCGAGGGAUUCUCUUCCGUUCAGAUGCUGAGGACUAUUUUUUCACUGACCCAUCUUAUCCAUGGGACGCUCUACCGGAUCUGGUGAUAGGUCGGGUGGCAUAUGACAACUUUAUAUUCAUGCAGGCAAGAAUGUUAAAUUUUAGUACUAUCGACUUUUCUAAAACUGUUCGUGCUAUUCAUCAAGUGGUAGAUAAAGGUCAUAUGGAAGACAAAUGGAAAACAACAAAUAACGAACGAUAUUACAAUAAAAUCCUUAUAAAAAGCAAGUUCCGAGAUGUAAAUUAUUAUGCAGGUACAACAGGUUGUUUGAGGUUUGAAACAGAACGAAAAACAAAUGAAAUUGUAUUACACAGGAGGCAAAAACUCCAUAAAAUUUGUUCAUUGCAUACCACAGGCAUUCUCAUGAAGCGUUCAAAUGGCUAAUGUAACCAAUGUUUCAAAGAUGUUUGUGAAUAAAAAAUAA